AUGGCCUCGUCGACAGAGAGUAUGCAUGCGGAGGAAGCUGCUCCCCUCGUCGGAGCCGUACCAGCACGGGAUGGCAAGGGGAAGCAACCAAAGGUGUUUUUGCCGCAACUUCAGCCGCGCCAGCUCACCAACGACCCUAACCAGAUGAGCAAGGCGGCCGCCGCGUCCACGGAGGCCGAGGAGGAUCGUCUGAUCCUGACACCUGAGCCAGCAGCAGCACUAGUGGUAGUGCCCCUCCGCCGCCGCGCGUGGGGGUGGUCACUCUUCCCUCGACGAGAUUUCAAGCGGAUCCGCGUCGGCCAGUCGCUGGAUGGAGAUGAAUUCGACGAUGAAUCGUUCAGCUUCAGGAGGAAGCCGGGGUACCUUGAGCGCUUAGAUAUGGAUCGCCGGCUCGUGAUAGAAUGCCUGCGCCACUACAACUCUAUGCAUCUGGGAAAUGAGUAUGAGCCUGCUUCUGGGGAGGUGACUCAAUCCUUCCAUAUUCAUAAUGGCAUUUGCUGGACUCAUGGCAACUUUGUUGCUUGUCAGAAGCGCUCUGGUUGCUUCUCCUUCCUGCCUGCUCCACGGACUCUCUUUUUUUUCGAGCUUGCUUAUAUAAAUGGUUUCAAUGGAGUCGUCACAUGCACCCCCUUGGAUGAACCAGUCACUGAAGCCUACAGUGUGUUGGGUUUCCCUCUUUGGUGGUCUACACGUCGUAGUGGCAAAUUGGAUUCCGUUUGUAAGACAUGCCACCGACGGUUAAUUGCUCCACAUCCUGGCAUAAGGAAGAUGUGAUUUCGGGUUAUCAAUGAAGACAACUUUGACGAUCAUGUAUAUGGUGAAUCAAGUGCAUGUCAAGAAAAAGGGCAGAUAGGAUUGCGAGCUAUACCAAGUGUCCAACGCAUUGAAACACUGGAUUGGUUUCGUCCGGUGAAAGUCUAAUCGUCUUUCUUCAUUAAUAUUGUACAUGUCACUAUUUUUGUUUA